AUUAAUCAGUGUAGAGAAGAGUUUAUGACAGCUACGAGCGGGGAUACAACCGGCGACCUUAGAAGGCUGAGAAAUUUUCCCGCGCUCGUUACCGCUGAGCUGCGGUUUCUCCGGUGAAUUACGUACGACGCUUACAUGCAAAUUGUAAAGGCGAUGAACCAAAAGUCGCCAAGCACUAGAUUCUGUAACCCUACGUUUCCUGUUUUAACCAAUCGGAGCAAACAGCAGCAGAAACGGUCUGUAGGCUUUGUGAAUAAGCGUGAGACAGCAAAGAAUGGAGACCAAAUGUCAUAUAAGUUAUGCAUAGGCAUUGAGAAUGGAAGUCGCAAUGUGUAUGGAAAAACUUGGAAACAUGAAUUUUAUCAUAAAUGAAUAAUCUAUAUCGAAUGGGCCUAAAAUAGGCGUACAUAGGUGAGGAUAUAGUGUACUAGAAAUAGUCUAUACACUAUAGCCAGGGUAGAAGAAGCGAUGUUAUUGUUUACAUAGAAAAUUUCUUCCAUGUGCUGACGAAAAUGUUACCAUGAUGCAUUUAAAAACAGGCCGUUUGCUGAAUUAUGCAUAUGUAAUUUAUAUUUCCGUCUCUACAUUGUAUGUUAUGAUACCUACAGAUGUAGAAGCUGUGCCAUGUCCCGAAUAUGAGUCAAAUAUAAAACAUUUAAGAAAGAAGAGAGACUUCAAAGAAUCUUGUACCAGUCCAAAUUUUACCGUAUUGUACAUUCCAGAUUCUACUAAGAAAUUAAUAUCAUUUGCAUUUGAACCAUUUCCUGAGUACAAGAACUGUUUUUCAAAUUAUGAAAUAAAUUUGAUAAAACUGUCUCGCUAUGACAUAGUAAUAGCCUGUUUUUCUGUAACUCUGCAUGACGAGGGUAGUGCUAAUGUAACAUUUAGAAGUCUAAAUUCUGGUAUUUAUCAAGUAGAGUUAGUACCCUGUUAUACUGAUACUUGUGAAAAUUAUGGUUUUGUAUCUGAGAAAAUUACAAUUUCAGAUAUAGUACAAUCUGCAUCUACCAGCCUGUUUAAACCAUCAGUAAUAUCUCCAAAUGCUGUGAUUGCUAUUGCAACGCUGUCUGUCAUCUUAUUAUUAAUAAGUGUGGGAACCUUUUUAUGCAUCAAACGUAAAUCAGGAAACCAUUUGAAAGCUAGUUAUAAAAAUGUGGAAAAAGGUGAAUUAAGCUGUGAAGAAGAUGAUGCUUCGAAAAAGCAUAUUCAAGUGCUUAUUCUUUAUUCUCAUGACUAUGAAACUAAAAAGAAGGUUCGAAUGUUGAAGGAUUUUCUUGAACUGUGUUUAAAUUUUAAUGUCAUUCUGCCUGAUGAUGAAGUUUCAGAAAUCCUAAUAAAUCCAAACCAUUGGCUAGAACACAUGUUGCAGUAUAAGUGUUCUAAUGUGGGAGAUUUUUGUGACUCUGAUAAACGGAUAAUUAUUGUUGAAUCAGAUACUGAUAUAUUCUGUGAUAAUUUUGAUGCAGAUUCAGCAGAAGAAUUUGAAGAUAGCGUGUGUUUUAAUGCUUUAAACAUACUUAAACAUAAUUGGACAAGGAGUCUCAAAGAUUAUUGCCAUUUGUUUGUUAUCCACUUUGCUGAUGGUGUUUCAGAUUCAUCUCUUUCAGAAGCUCAAAUUGUGCCCAAAGUUCGCUACAGUAUACCUGAUCAUUUAGUUGAUUUGUGUCUUAACUUGAGUUUCAGCAGAGAAUCAAGAAAUGCAGAAAUAAGCAAGAAAAUUGAGGAACAUUUAAAGUCUCACCCAAUCAGAAAUUUGGAUGUAAAAACUUAAAUGCAAUAUUUGUAUUCACUUUAAAUGAGCUUAUCGUUGUACAUAUGCAUAUAUAGCUCAUAAUUUUUAAAGCAUAAUAAGUUUGUAUUUCUAAGUAACAAUGAGUUCAUCUCAUAUUUGUUAUAUUUGAUAUAAAAGUACAUAAUAUUUCACAUCUAGUAUGUAUAUCUUCUACAUAAUACUUAUGUAGUGUAUUAAUUUUUUAAUGCAUACGUGAAGAAUUAUGUAUAAAAGGUGCAUUUUUUUACAUUAGCAUCAUCUAUAGCAUAAUCUUUCAAUUUUUCUCAUGAUUUUGUGAUACUAUUACUUAAAUUGUACGCACAACUUGCAUAUUGUAAAUACAGAGUGGAUAUAAAAAAACUUCCCGGUAUAUGAACACCUAGUGGCCUAUCUGUUCAGCCAAUCAAAUUGAACUUUCAGAUAUUGUUAUUUGAAGGUAUGCAUUGAAAAUUUUGGUAAUUUAAAGCAACAGAGCUCUCAUGGUUUGGGUUGCAGUGAAAAAAAUUUCAAAUGUUUGAAUGGCAGCACCCAUUUUUUUUUUUUUUUUUUCCCCUUCUGUGCAAAUUGAUCAACGCAUUUGAAAACCAUGAUGAAAAUUGCUGGCUUAAAACAUUUGCAAAAAGGGCUGUAGUGUAGAAUUGGGUGCUCCUUCAUUUGACGACAAAUUUUGCUCAGUUUUGGGAUGAAACCCCAUUUCUGGUUACCAUGAUAGUUUUAACUUCCUGAUUUUUUUUAAGUGAAAAUAGAUUGAUGUGUACAUAGAUAAAGUCAAGGCAGUGCGCAAUACCGAGUUUGUACAAUUCUCUGAUUUUUUUUUAUGUGAAAAUAGAUCCAUAUGUACGUGGACACCGAGUUUUUGCAAUUCUAUGACUUCUUAUUUUGGUUUCGUGUAGCGGCCAUCUUGAAAUUGUGCCUCCUUGGUUCCAAUCUUGGUGUAAAAAAAGAAUCGCCGAAAAAACAAGGGGCAUCCAAUUGUAAACUUUUAUCCAAAAUGCAUUGUAAGAAAGAAAGAAAAAAAACUUUAAUUGGAGUUACAGGUUUUGAACAUGCCUACCUUUGCAGAAGAUAACUCAUUGCAUGUGAGAGAUUGUUGACAACAAUGAUGAAAAUGAUGAACAUAGCAUUCCUGUAGGAAUCUGUUUAACUUCAUGUUUUAUAGCAUCUUUCAAUUCUGACAAAUCUUGCGGAUUUGAUAUGUACACCAUUUAAGGUGUACUUGAUUUCUGGUUUGGGGGUUAUCUGAAAUUUAAUUCAGAUAACCCCCAAACCAGAAAUCCAUCAGAGUGAGGUCGGGGGGGAAGAGAUCGAAGUGGCUACGAAACUGCAAAGUUACGAUAUCAGGCAAGGGGCGACGUCUGUCCCCGGGCUCAGCAUCCAGGGGGCACCAAAUUGAUGUUACGAAAUUUUGCAAUGAAAUGUUUUCCAUUCUUGACACACAGAAGGGUGCACAAAAUCUUCAUUUGUCCCUGGGCAUUGAAAACCCUAGCUAUGGUUCUCUGUGAACAGCAUCUUCUAGAGUACGUUAUUCUGUGUUCUGCUGGCAAUGGCCAAAUGUGGCAAUCGAAGGUACUAUCAGCAGCAGUUGCUACAUCAAAAAAGUUGAGCCUAAAGUAGUACCUUUCAUUCAUUACAUUCCUGCAUUUUAACAAAAGAAUGCCUAUCCCUAUCCUUUGGGCUGGAAUAGAAGCGAUAUGGGAUGCUGCUGUUCCUCAGGUACACAUGAAAUUCAUUUAAUUCGUUAUGAUGACAAAUACAAGCACAUGGGACCUUCACCAAAUAUUGAUUUUUGGCUUUUAAUAGUGUUGUAUUACUCUGUAAAUUUAAUCAUUUCCUUGUAUUAUUUAAGGUCCUAUGUCAAAUAAAUUUCAUUUUGUUCUAAUGAUUCCUUUGGGGUUUGGUAUAUUGCACAAACAGGAGCAUGGAAUUUUGGAUAGGUUGGCUCCUCAUAAUGUAUAAAUCUGGUUAAAUCGUUAUUUAUUGCUAUAAAUUACAUAGGCUGUAUACUUUUACUAUACUACUUACUAAUUGAGUCGAAUUUAUAUAAUUUAUGUGUUAUACAUAAUAGAAGCAUAUAAUAGUAAAAGCAUAUUAAAUUCAAACUUCUGAUGGUCAAAUUAAAUGCAAAUCUGUAAUGAAAGAGACACAUUGAAUUUCUAACUUAUUAGUUUAAUUCUAUUUUAUAUUUUUUUUUUCCUUUGAUAAAACCUUUACAUAGGUGUCAUGACUAUUAUCGAUCUCCAUUAAAAAUUUUAAGUGUAGCAAAAUUAUUCCUAAGCAGCGUUCAGAAUUUUAUUUUCUGACAUCAUUGAUUAGACUGUACAAAAUUAUAUCAAUCAAAUAAUCAAGUACAGUACAGAGUUCAAAAUACGGAUGUCCGGAUAUCCAGAACGAUCUAAUAUCCAGACCUCUGGAUCACCAGCAAUUUUUUUUAAAGAUCUUUUUCACAAAAAAGGAAAAUGCGAUUUCAAAAGUAGUGUCUCGUUUUAGCAUAUGCUUGCUGCUUCAUAUGUGCAUAAUAGACAUUUUUUCAUGAUAAAGAAUGUAAAAGGAUUCUUAAUUUCAAUUUGGCACUGUAUAAAACCCCUCCAUGUGGAAGAAACUCUGUUAUUUAUUACCAUACAUCUGUGUGAUCAACGAUUUUGCUCUAUUGCCAUCUUUUUUCUUGCCAUACAACUCAAACCAAAAUAAGUUCAUUAUUAAUUUUACAUCUACCGAAUAACUUCUAUUCCUCUUCCAAAACUGGCAAAGCAUUUCUUAUUAUUUAUUUUCAUCACCACAUGAUUAUCAACUCAUGGCAGCUUGAGAAAUGACUCUCAUAGUAAUGUCCCCCCCCCAAUUUUUUUUAAUAUUAAUAACCAAACAGCAUGGUAAUAUGUUAUGUUGAUGAUAUGCUUGGGGACCAUUAUAUACUUCAGCCUACUGUACUUUGAAGUGUUGAAUGUGUUGGUCAGAAGAAAUUUAAUACAAAUUUAUCUCUAUAUACAAAAAGUAGAUUUGCUAAAGGAUAUUCAUUGACCAAAAGAUUUUAUUUAAUACUGUUUAGAUUAAGAAUAACUCACUUGUUUUCCAGAUAAGCCUUUAGUGAUUCAUUUAUUCGGAGCUUAGAUAAGUCAUAAACAUUUAUGGAAAAUAGAUGUAAGUACAGUGUGCAGCAGGGAAAUUACCUUAUUUUAAAAAUGAAAUAGGAAUAUUUAGGGAAACUACCUUAUCGCUUAUACUAUUUUAACAGAAGUAAUAUAAGUGAUAGCAGUUUAAUUUUUUUGCAAGUUAUAGAGACACACUUAAAGUUUUUUUUUUUUUUUAUGAUGGUUUAAAAAUAAUAUCAUUAAGGUGGCCUCCGUUCUGGUCAAUGCAUUGAGAUAGUCGUGUUUUGAAGUUUCUUUUCACUUUUACCAGCAUAUCAACGGGUAUGUCACGGCAAAAAUUCAUGAUUGAGGGUAUUUAUAACUUUAGUAGUACGAAUAAAAGUGAACCAAGUCUGUCGUCAGAUCUUUUAAUAAGAUUUAUAUCACUGUGGAGAUGAAAUAGCACCAUUUUUAGAUUUUCUUGGCAUUACUCACAUUUAUUUUUAAUGAUAACAAAAAAUAUGGAUUCAAAAUCAAUAAAAAUUUUAAACCUUUCUUCAAAUUCUUGCCAUAAUAUUUUAUGUCAUAAUAAUGCUAAUUAAUUUAUGGAAAAUGUAUUCAUGGGCUGCAGAAAAUUGUUUUAGGAAUGCCAGUUUGAGACCACUGCAUUUAAAUCAAAUAAAAAAUUAGGUGUCAGUACUUUUAAAUAGAGAAUAUUUUUGUAUAGAUUUAUGUAUUUUUUCCAUAUUAAGAAUCCUCAUUGAAAUAAAAGAGAAUAAAGGGAAAAGUAAUUUUUUUUUUUUCUUGCAUCAACACAUAUAUCUCCUGCUCAUAAAAAGUUAUGCCAGAAGGUGCCUUGGGGUCCCAGUUAUUAAAGAUAUUUAGAAUUUUACUGUAUAUCUAAAUCAAAUGCUUGAAAGUAAAUGCAUUGCAGAAUUUUAUAAUUCAGACCACUUUAUUGUAGUACAACGUGUUUUUAUCAUAUCCUUAUACAAACAAUAAGUUACAUCAUCAGUAAUAAAAAUGUGCAACCCUCAGGGAAUUUCAGUUGUUCAAGACAAGCUUUCUUAGAAGUUGAUUGUUAUAGUCCAUCCUUCCUGAACUAAUUCAUGUGAAGAAAUUUGUAGUGGCCCAGUUAUUGCACGAAUAAUAAUUAUUUUUUAUUUCAAGUGUUAUAUAUUUUGCAUGUAUUUAAUUAUUUCAUAAAAUUAACUUUACUGUUUUGUUAAUAUUCAUAUUUACAUUUCUUUUAUGCUGAUGAACAACUUUAUGAACAAUUAGUUAUUUAUAUAUGUUUGUAUUUCUUUUACAAUGAAUGGCAAUGAGUAAUGAUUCAUGAUUACUUUGGUUUUCGAAUGUCGUUAUUCUAGCAGCAGCUCAUUUUGAUAGCUGAAAAACAAAAAGUAAUAAACUUAGCUAUUUGUUUGUAACUUUCGCUUUUCGUAAUUAUAAUUUAGUUUGAACAUCAAUAGCCAAGGCUGCAAAUUCAUUUGAACUACAUUAAAGUUUAAAUAUUUUAUUAUUAAAUUGCAGAAAUGCUACAUAUUUUCCGUGGAACUCAACACUGUAUUAACAAUUUGUGUUGUAUUUAAAAUUUAUGCCCACCGGCACCCAAGUAGUAAGAUUGUUGAACAUUGAUUGUUUGAUCAAAUCCCGCUGAAUAGGCUGGCUGCAUGGGAGUUUUCACGAUUUUUCCUUUGUGGAUAAUGCGUUGUAUAAUGUGUUAUAGGCAUCCUUCUUUUCUCCAGUAUUUGUACUUGGGCUCAUCAGUAUGGCAGUCAGUGUCACUAGCCACUAUACCAGCUAAGUGCCAAAAAUGCUUUACAGCAGGAAUACCCUCCCCCCUUUUAUAUGCUUUGCUGUAAUCCAAGUAAUCUAAAUCAUGCCUAUCUAAGAUUUGGCAACCAAAACCUUUGUUUUCCUUGGAAUUGGCUAAAUUUUAAACUUUAGUACUGUUUAUAAUAAACUGUAUGUUAGUGUUUAAGCUUUACUAUUAAUAUUUAGUUUUACAGUGAUUUAUAUAUUUUAGGAUUGUCUGUUUAAUUCCAGAUUAAUCAAGUUUUGCUGGAUUAUACUCAGAGUAUUUAUGUUAGACUUUAGAUCCAAGUGUUAUUAGUAUUUAAGUUAAUAAAUUAUGGUGCCAAAAUUCUACAAACAAAAAGGAAUUCUUAUUGUAUUUCUUUGGGAAAGGAAGGACAAUUAUUACAUUUUCAGAAAGACUCCUGUAUAGCAAACAUGUUGUCUAAUUGUCUGCCCAGCUUACUGAAGCAUGCCAGUAAUGAUGAGGAAGACUGCAUCAGCUGACUUGCAACAUUUUUAGUUUCUUUAGCAUUUUAGUUGCAUAGACUACAUUGUAGUUACUGCAGAAAACAUCAAGUGGGGUAAAUCCAGCAGUCAUGAUGACCAGGGAAUCUAUCCUACAUAUUUGUUCCACUAUGUAGGAAAGACUGUUAGGUACUGCUUGAACCCCGAAAUGUGCCUUCUGUCUGAAAAAAGUUCUGAAUAACCCUUUUAGUUUCCAGAAUUCUGAGUUUUAUUUGUCUUCCACUUCCUUUGUUCCUGAUUGUUGGAACUACAAAAGCUAAAUGUGGGAGCCUUGUAGUUUCAUCAAGCAUAUCAAUUAAUUAUCUGAGUGUAUUAUAAAAAGACAUCUGCUAGUAGACAUCAUUGUAGUUGAUACUGUAAUGACUGCAAAAAAGUUCAUGCGAAUGUUUUCAAAUUUAUAUUUUUGUACUGGUGUAUGAAUCCCUUGUAUGUGUGUGUGUGUGUAUAUAUAUGUAAAUGAUCUCAUCAUAUACAAUUACCAUGUUUUUGUUAAUUAAAUAGUCUUGUAAUUCAUGGUUACAUUAUUAUUAUUAUAUAUAUGUAAAUGAUCAUCAUAUACAAUUACCAUGUUUUUGUUAAUUAAAUAGUCUUAUAAUUCAUGGUUACAUUAUUAUUAAAUCCUUUUACAUCUAGAGCAAUAUAGUGCCUUUGAUUUAUCUUGAAGUACAAAGUACUACUGUUUGUAAUUGAAGAUAGGAUAUUUCUUUAGGUUCCAUUAGGAUCUUUAUUGUUCAUUAUCUGCUGUAUAUAACUAUUUCGAAUGAUAAAAUCUAAAGAAAUGCCAUGAAAAUGCUAAAUGAGUUUUUUUUUAAAAUUAUUUUAUUAUUUUUUAAAUUCGAUGUAUGUUAGCUUCAAGUGUGUUUUCUUUGAAUGUGAUAUUCGAAGAAAGCAUAAUUUUAUGCUACAUUGUAGCAGUAUUGUUAAUAUAGGUGAAAUUUUAUGAUGUAACUAGUUAAUUAUUUGAGAGAAAUUGGAAAUAUAUUGUUAUAUUUUUGAAAAUCUCUCAAUAUAUUAAUUAUCUGUGACAUUAUUGGACUCUCUGCCAAUAACACAAAAUCUUUAACCUUUAGCAAUUUCAGUUUUACAUUAACUUUUAAAUUUAAUUUGUGAUGUAAUGAAGGUGGCAAAACUAUAAUGCACGUUUCACUCAAUUAUUUUUAGAGUUUGGUAUAUUAAAAAAUUAAAGUUUUGCUAAUGUCUUAUUAAAAGGCAUAAAUAAUAAGAAAACAAAAAUUUCCACAUGUUUAACAAUCUUGUAUGCAAUUAUACAUACUAUGCAAAAUUUAUAGUAACUAUGCAAAAUUUUCUUUGCAUUAUGUUGUACAAUUUAUCAACUCUUUAUUAAAUCGCUGAAUGUGUA